AACAACACUGUUUCUUUGUAGGAGCGACAAAUUAAAGUUGAGGAAUACCGUGAGCUCACAACCUCUUUACUUGCCUGGACCAAAGAGAAAACUGCAAUGCUGCUGAAUCGGAACUUUCCCAGCACUUUGAUCGAGAUGAGGUCACUUCUGGCAGAUUUUAGUAGAUUCAGAUUGGAAGAAGUUCCUCCUCGACUUGAACUGAAACAAAAACUCUUUCGAUUAUUUGAUGAAAUUCAAGCUCUUAGCAAUGACACGUUACCCCUUGGAUUAGAAGAUGAAUUAUACCCCAAAAAUGUAGAAAGACUAUUCAGCCGCUUUUUAUUGGCACAACAAGAAAAAGAUAUGGCCAUCCAAUCAGAACUUGUUAGGUUAGAAAGACUACAACGUCUGGCCGAAAAAAUCCACAGAGAAGCCAAAAUAAGUGAAGAUAGUCUAAGUGACAUAGAAUGGCGGAUAUUGGGGGAGGAGAGAAGAAUUGAUAAGCUUCAUCCUGUUGAAGCAAAGCGUUGCUGUGAUAGCUUAGACAGAUCUCUGCAAAACAUUGAAGAAUCCACAAGAAGUUUGUUUCGGGAUAUACAAACAUUAAAAGAUGGAUCUUACCCUCAAACGGAUUCAUUUUACAAACGAGUUUCCACAUUGCAAGCCCGGGUUUCUACAUUAAGGACCAAAUUGUACAAAGACGUGAUUCAAAAACUGUUGACUCGAUCUUAUGUUGAGGAAGGCAUUACUGUCACAAAACGCAAGGAAAUUCUCACGGAAGUGCAAUUAGUAGAAACAAAUGAAUCCUUCAAACAUUUACAGAACUGCCUCAAUUGGAUCGAAGCCAAACAGCGAUCCAUUGAAGCUGCCGGUUAUGGAACCGAUGUAACAUCUGUCCAUAAAGCAUUAGAACAACAUCAAUAUGACCAUAAAAAUAUUUUGGAAUUUCGCUCAGAAGUUGAGAAAUGUAAACUAAAUAAAAGAGGACUAUCAUCUGAUGAACAAGUACUUUAUAACGAAUGGCUGUCCAAGGUGGAGAUUGCCUAUUCAUUACUCACUAAUACUUCAAGUAGACGCAUGAAUUGCUUGGAAACUUUAUAUGAAUUCUUACAAGCGGCUUCUGCUGAAAUGUUUUGGCUCCGUAGCAAGGAAAACGAAACAAUCAGCCGUGACUGGAGUAAACCGGAACACAAUAUUCCAGAUAAAGACGACAUUUUUCAGGAUUUCUGGCCAAAAAGGAAGCAGGGUCUCCUUAGUGAUAUGGGAUCACGAGAAGCCCAAUUCAAUGUUGUACAAGACAAAGGAGAAUCUCUUGUGCGGAAUCGGCACCCAGCUGCAAAAACCAUUGAGUCCUCCAUGACCUCAUUACACACAUACUGGAGUUGGUUGAUCCAACUAACAUCUUGCCAGCAAGCUUUGAUUGACAGCACAGACCAAUAUCAAAAGUUUUAUAAUGAAGCUGAAGAUUGUAGAAACUGGAUAUCUCAGCAGACAUCCUUACUGAACAGUCGUUUUCCUCAAGACAAUCUUGGUGUGGAACCAACAGAACAAUUCCUUAAAGAACUUCAGGAAAUGCACAAAAUGCUUGACAGCUGUGAACAAAAAGUUGAUUCUCUCCUUGAAGACAGCCAUCAUAUCAUCCCACUCAAAUCUCGAUGCCUAAAAAAUCUGCAUUCCAAAAAAGUGCGAGCACUCUGCAGCAUUCAGCAACCAACGCAUACAACUCGGAAAGGAGAUAUCUGUGUCAUACUUGACAGCAGCGAUGUGACAAGAUGGAAGGUUCAGACAAACAAAGGAGUUGUUACUCUCCUCCCAUCCAUAUGUUUUAUGCUGCCACCACCUGAUGAAGAGGCCAUUUUAUAUGCAAGAAGAUUAAAAGACGAUCUGCUUAAUCUACGCCAACUUUGGAAAGCAUCAAACAUCAAAUUCAGGAAAAAUAUGGUACUGGCAACUAUGCAAGCAGUUCAAAAAUGGAACCAGAAAACCUUCUCUGGUCUUGAACCCAGUCAAAGAGAAGCCAUUUGGAAAGCUCUCAAUGAUGACAUGAAUAUCUUAUUGACAGAAUCUGCACCCGGACGUCAAGAUAUUUCUGCACUGCAACAAGGAAUGGCUCGAUGCCAAGAGCAUUACCAAAAAUUGUCCACACAAUCUACCAAAGCAGAAUCAAAAGAAAUGAAAACACCAAAACAAGUUUUAGUUCAACAACUUGAUAACUUCAGCCGAAACCUUGUCAACUGGGAACAGUGUGUGAAAGGUCAGCUUGAUGAAGCAGUUCCUAAAGAUGUGUCCUCACUACAAAUGGUUUUGGAGAAACAUCAGGAACUUGACAGUACUUUCAAGAAAUAUGAAAAAGAAUUAGAAGACAUUAAGAAAUCUGCCAAAUCCCAACACUGGGCAGCACCAGUUGGCACAAAACUCAACUUAAUUGUCCAGAAAUGGAAUUCUUUAUUAUCACUAUCACAGAUUUAUAUGGAGAGAAUGAAAACAAUUGAAGUCUUUGUGUCCCGAACUGAUGAAAUAGAACAGUUCAUCAAAGAAAUUGAAGACCAUUUGGCUUCCUCUGGCAAUAUGUCUUCAGAUCUUGAUGCCUUAUAUGCCCUCCGCGAAGAACUUCAGGAAAUCCAAUCAAGAGUUCAACAGAAACAACCCCUAAUUGAUAAUUUGAAGAAAGAUAUCCAGGAUGUGAGAAAAUCUUUAUCUCAGCAGCAUGGUCCAGGCAGUUCACAACAAGCUGACAUUGAAGACCAAGAGAAGGAAAUGAAAGUGCUGCAGACGCAGUGGGAUGCAAUAUGCAUACAAAUUAUUGAAAGACUCCGCAGCGUUGACUCAGCUCUGCAACUGUUGUCUUUAUACCACAAUGGUGUGAAAGCUGAAAAACAAUGGGUACAACAAAUGGUUGCCAAAACAAAUGCCCAACCACCAUUAACAUCUAAUAUUGAAGAAGUGAAGAAUUUGUUGGAUCCAACAAUGGCAAUCUACAAUGCUCUGGGAGAGCGGCGCCAUCAGAUAGAAGCAAUGAAUCGUUACGGUGGACAAUAUAUCCGAGAGGCUAAGAUUUAUGACAAGAAAAUGAAGCAAUAUGCAGACAGUCUGCUUUCAUCACAGACCAAUGUACAACAAAGUACUGACCAGCCAAAUGGAGCUGAAACUAUCCGAGAAGAACUGGACUUGCUCAAUACUACCUAUAUGAAUAUGGUUCAAUGGACUAAUAACCGGCUGAAAGACAUCACUUCGAUUUUGUCUGAAGCUAAUGUUGAUAUGAAAUUUCAAAUGGUGAUUGAUGAGAAUAUACCACUGCUUCGAACAUUCCGUGCUGAACUAGCUAAACGUUCUUCAAUGCUUGUUGAUGAAGACAUGCAAGGAUUCUUUCAGCAACUUGAUAAAUUUGAUAGUCUUGGCAGUAUUCCUGCUAGCUACAUGAGCUCUUCCUCCUCCUCUUCAACUACCAUAGCAUCCAAUCAGCCUUCAGCAACAUACACAAGUAGCACAUUUGUCUCGACAACUAAAACCUCCAUAAAACAAAUGCACAGACCUAGUCGAGAUGCUAAAGAUACUCAUUUAUCAAAUAUUUCUGAAAUGCCAGAACCUUCACCAUUGAAUGGUGAUGUACAUGUUGAAGGUGAUGCAAUGCAAAUUUCUCAGAUUCCUGUGAAAAAUGUCCAAAACGUUAUAAGCGUUGCCAAAACAAAACUUGAGACAACACAUGGUAGUAUUUUGGAGAGUUUAGUUGUAAACCCACAGAGCCAGAUGAAAGUCAGUUUAUAUGAAGCAUUCCAACAAGGUAUAAUUGACACGAGGUCUGCUACGUAUGUUGAUCCUCUAACAAAAGCCAAAAUAAGUUUGUCAGAAGCAGUCUAUAAAGGUUACUUAGAUUCAACUUUAUUCCAGCAACUGCACCAACCCUGUGGCCUUGUUGAUCCUAAUUCAAACCAACAGUACACACUAAUAGAUGCUGUCAAGUUAGGUCUUUUGGAUCCACUAAAGUGCCAAGUAUCAAACCCUUUGACUGGAGAAAUGAUUCCUGUAAAAGAUGCAUAUGGACAAGGUUUAAUUUCUCAAAAGCUACCAAGUUUGCUUGGUAUUAGCCCCGACAUCACUGUCAGUGAAAUUACUCAAUCACAAGCUCAUUUUGGUCUUCAAAAUUUCCCAGGAGCAGACAAAGCUCUCGGUUUGGCAGAAAUUCUUCAGAAGGGUAUGUUUGAUGAACUGAAGAGCAAAGUGUGUGAUCCAAUUUCUGGUCAAGAAAUGACAAUACUUGAGGCAGUUGAGAAAGGUUAUAUAAAUCCUUCGCUGAAGGAAAUCCGUGCAGCGAGAGCAACUCCUCUGAUUUCUUUGACUGAAGCUGUGUCCAAGGGAAUCAUUCACCCACAAUCAGGACAGUUCCUGGAAACCAGCUCUGGGAAAUGGAUGAGCUUAUCUGAAGCACAACGUAAACAAUUACUUGUUCAACCUAUGUCUUUAUCAGAUGUCAUUCAAAAAGGAAACCUCAAUGAAGAUGGUUUGAUCUUUGAGGCUGUCAGUAACCAAGCUAUUUCCUUUGCUAACGCUGUCAACCAGGGAAUUAUCAAUACUGAUUCUAAAAGUUUGAUAAUUACAAAGACUAAUGACAUAUUUUCCAUCAAAGAUGCUCUUCAGAAAGGAAUCUUAAAUGACAAAGGGCAAGUUUUAAUACCAGAUGCUGAACACCCACUUUCUAUACAAGAGGCUUUGAAGGAAGGUCAUAUUAAAAUUGCCAAUGAGUGUGUGUCAUUCCCACCUAAGACUAUUCUAGACAGUAACACUGGAUCUUUGCUGUCUGUCUAUGAAGCUCUAAUGAACGGAGUUUUAACAACACAAGGUGAGUUUGUUGACUCACAAACUGGAAGAAAGCUUUCAAUAAUGAAUGCUGCCAAACAUGGUUUCCUUGAUGAAGAAAUAGCCUCGAAUUUGACCAAGAAAUUACUUGAAGAUCCAUCUGGCAGAAAACUGUCAGUGAUUGAAGCCAUAAACAUUGGUAUGAUUGAUAUUCAGUCUGGAAAUAUUCAAGACAAAUCUGGUAAUAUGGUACCCUUACAGAAUGCAGUUACUGAAAAUAUUCUCUCACCAGAAAAGGCUCAGAUGAUUUUAGAAUUAAUAAGUCCAUUAAUUAUUUCUACAACUGUUACAACUUGUGUGUCGUCUGAUCAAGUAAAACCACCUGUCACUGCUAUCACAAUCUCUGAAGCAAUUUCCAGAGGUCUUCUUGCAGAGCAAGCUGGCACAUUUAAAGACCCUAAUACAGGUGAAAUUAUGACUAUUGAGGAUGCCAUCUACCGAAAAUUACUUCGUUUGUCAUCAGAGUGGCCUUCCAGUAAUGUCCCCGGACAGUUUAUCAAAAGCAGCAUUGAUGAAUUAGAUGAAACAAUGGAGAGAACACCUAAGAAACAGAAAACUGCGAUUUCUAGUGCAACAGAAAGUACGAUACGAACUCCACAAGAAUCUCUGAAAUCUAAUGAUUCCAUUGUGGAAUCUGCUUUUAUUAGUAAAUCAGCUCAGAACUAUACCUUCACUCAAAUAGCUUUGACUAAACCUGUCAAAGCCGUCAUCUCUGAAGUUCGUAACAUGUCAAUCAAAUCUGUGGUGGACCCUAAAUCUAAAAAAGUUAUUGACGUAGAUGAAGCCAUCAAUAAAGGUCUCAUUGAUUUAGGUUCAGGUUUAUUUUCUGAUCCCACAACAGGUGAUAACAUUCCUAUAAAUGAAGCAAUCAGAAAAGGUUACAUAGUUGCAGAAUAUACAGUGGAGCCACCUACAGUGGCUGAAGAACCCAUUAAAGAAACUGUCGCUUUUUCAAUAACUGGCGUCCUGCACCCUGUCACCAAAGGGAAAUUAUCUGUUAGCCAAGCAAUACAAUUAGGAAUCCUUGAUCAAGACAGAGGACAAUAUGUAGGAAUUAAAGAUAAUAAAGAAUGUCGAAUCCCCAUUAGUCAAGCAAUUGAAGCAGGUCUUGUUAUUGCUGAAGACUUAAGUACUGUGCCAAAGUCCAUUAAACCAGAUUGGAUCCGGGAAACAAAGACAUUCAACUUAAAGAGUGUGGUCCACCCAGUCACAAAUGAAAUUAUGACUGUAGCAGAAGCAAUUCACGAAGGAAUCAUUGAUGAAUCCCGUGGUCUUUAUGUCAAUCCUCUGACCUUGGAAAAAAUCAUGAUUACUGAGGCAAUUGAAAAGAAACUCAUUGAUGCUGAAUUGUCAUUUGUUACACCAAAUGUUGAACGAGAAGGAAAUCGGAUCAUAACAACAAAACAAACCACCAUGACUGUCUCUGCUGUAGUGGACCCUAGAACUGGUAAGAAGAUAUCAGUAAAUGAAGCUAUCAAAGAUGGUAUAUUAAAUUAUUCUAAAGGAUUGUACAUAAACCCAUUAACAAAAGAAGAGAUGUCUCUUGAAGAUGCUAUUCCAAAAGGAUUACUAUUUACUGAAGAAACAAGAGCUCCUGUUAACAAUAGAUCUGAAAUAAGUAGUAUCCAUAUAACUGAAGAUGAAGAAGCCUUUGAAAGUACAAUGGUUGAAGAUGUGUCUUCACAAACUGUCACAUUAAGUAUUACUAGUGUUGUUGAUCCACUCACCAUGGAUCUUGUCUCCUAUGACAAAGCUGUUGAAAGGGGGGUGCUGAAUCUACACGAAGGCCUCUAUACAAAUCCAUCAACUGGAGAGAACAUGUCCAUCACAACAGCACUGGAAAAGGGUCUUAUUCAUGGAGAAGUCACUUCACAGCAAAGGGAAGAAGAUAUAUUGAAAAGUUCCAUCAUGGCUGAGUCACCUGAAUUUCCAUUCAAUAAAGUAACAUCAGUUAUUGAUCCUAGAACUGGAGCAGAGGUGUCUUUAUCAAAAGCUAUAAAAGAAAACAUAAUUGAUGUUGACAAUGGAGUAUUCUUUGAUUCCCGUUCACAUGAACGGUUGAGUCUUAAUGAUGCACUGAAUCAAGGUUUUAUAAAAUUAUCCAAAACAACUGACAUCUCGCAACUAAACAUCACUGAAGAUGAGAACAAGUUUGAAGAAGAUUUUGGGGAAUCAAACACUGAAAUCCUUUCUCCAAGGUCUCCAACAAAAGUGGAUAUGAAGUUAGAGAAAUCAGAACUAACUACAUCUAGUCCUUUUGAGAAUGAGUCAAUUGCUACAGAAGCUAUUAACAUUGAAGUCGAUAUAACAAAGAAGAGAGAUGACAAAUUUUCAACUCCAUUUUCAGCAGAGAGACAACCUGAAGAACCUACACCUGGGUUCUCGUAUGCUGAAGGAAUCAAAUUAGGGUUUAUUGAUCCACAAACUGGUUUAGUAAAUCUCCCUUCAUUGGAAAAACCAAUCACUCUUUUGGAAGCUAUUGAUCAGAAUGUGAUAGAUCCCAACAAAGUUGCUAUCCUUGAUGUUCAAGGAAAACAGACCCUUACACUGGAAGACUGCUUUAAAAUGAAUAAACUCGAUCCUCAAACAGGUAAAGUAAAUGAUAUUGAAACUCUUGAGUAUUUACAAGGUCUUAGCAGUGCUCAAGAUUUGAAACCAGUGAAUAUAAUUGAUGCUGUUUCUCUUGGAAUGUUUAAUCCUGAGACUAAACUAUUUUCUGAUAAACUAGGCCAUACUUUCACCCUUGAAGAAGCCAUCAGGGAUAAUAUUAUAUCUACUGACUUUACAACAGUAAAAAAUCUUUCAACUUCUGAGAGACUCCCUUUUGACUCAGCCUUAAAACGAGGAUUAGUAGAUAAGCGGACAGCAGAAGUAACAGACACUAAACAUUUAUGUAAACUUCCUCUGACAAAGGCUAUUGAAAAUAAGAUUGUUGAAAGCAUGUACGAUCCAGAAACUGGGGGAUUAUAUGAUCCGAAAACAAAACAAACUGUUCCAGUUAAAUCAGUGAUCACAGAAGAUCUUCCAAGUGGGUCAAAGUUUGAAGUUUAUGACAGUGAAAGAGGAGAAACUGUCCCCUUAUCUGUUGCAAUUCAAAGAAAUCUUGUCAACAAACAGACAGGGGAGGUGAUUGAUUCUUCAAGCAAUAAAACUUUAAGUGCCAAAGAAGCUGUGAAACUUGGUCUGCUAGCAACUGUAGGUGCACCAAUUAUAGGUACUGCUCUUGCUGGUAAAGCUAUUUACGAUGCUGUUAAGAAUAAAAUUAAUGAAAAGUCUGCUAAAGAUGCUCAAGAAAAGACAUCUACCAGAUCGCAAUCUAAAAGUCAAUUACCAUCAUCGGGCCCUGAUCAACAAUCUGAUAGAUCAAAGAGAGAGCAGAUACCUUCAUCAACAUCUGAGAUGCUACAGCGAGAUCAGCCAACAACUGAUGUGCCACAGAGAGGCCAGCCACCAUCGACAGCUGAUGUGCCACAGAGAAGUCAAACACCAUCAGCAGGUGAUGUACCACAGAGAGGCCAGCCACCGUCAACAACUGAUGUGCUACAGAAAGGCCACCAACUACCAUCAACAACCGAUGUGCCUCAGAGAGGUCAAACACCAUCGACAACUGAUGUACUACAGAGAGGUCAAGCCCCACCAACAGCUGAUGUCUCACAAAGAGGUCAAACACCAUCAGCAGCUGAUGUCCCACAGAGAAGUCAGCCACCGUUGACAACUGAUGCAUUACAGAGAGGUCAAGCCCCGCCAACAGCUGAUGUCCCACUAAGAGAUCAAAUACCAUCAGCAGCUGAUGUCUCACAGAGAGGUCAGCCACCAUCAACAGCUGAUGCAUUACGGAGAGGUCAAGCCCCACUAGCAGCUGAUGUCCCACAAAGAGGUCAAAUGCCAUCAGCAGCUGAUGUCCCACAGAGAGGUCAGCCACCAUCGACAACUGAUGAAUUACAGAGAGCUCAAGCCCCACCAACAGCUGAUGUCCCACAAAGAGGUCAAAUGCCAUCAGCAGCUGAUGUCCCACAAAGAGGUCAAAUACCAUCAGCAACUGAUGCAUUACAGAGAGGUCAAGCCCCACCAACAGCUGAUGUCCCGCAAAGAGGUCAAAUGCCAUCAGCAGCUGAUGUCCCACAAAGAGGUCAAAUACCAUCAGCAACUGAUGCAUUACAGAGAGGUCAAGCCCCACCAACAGCUGAUGUCCCACAAAGAGGUCAGAUGCCAUCAGCAGCUGAUGUCCCACAGAGAGGUCAGCCACCAUCGGCAACUGAUGCAUUACAGAGAGGUCAAGCUCCACUAACAGCUGAUAUCUCACAAAGAGAUCAAACACCAUCAGCGGCUGAUGUCUCACAGAGAGGUCAGCCACCAUUGACAACUGAUGCACUACAUAGUGGUCAAGCCCUACCAACAGUUGAUAGCCCACAAAGAGGUCAACUACCAUCAACUGAUAUGCCACAGAGAGGACACCCACUGUCAACAACUGAUGUACUACAGAGAGGUGUUCUACCAGAGAGUGAUCAGUUACCUUCUACAACUGAUGUGCCUGACAGAGGUCAGCCACCUGUUUCUGCAACUGACAUAUUACAGAAAAGUCAACAACCAUCUUCACCGAAAGUACCACAAAGUUUCCAGUCACCUUCUGCUACAAAUGAUAUGCAACAGAAAGAUAAAUACCCUGAUUAUUCUAAAGAAAUAAUAGGAACAGAUAAACCAACUUCUCAAGGGGAUUCUUAUGAUAAACCAACUUCUCAAGGGGAUUCUUAUGAUAAACCAACUACAACAAUAAUAUAUGCUAAACCUGAUGACCAGAUAAGACCCACCCACCCUGCCGGACAAGGAGUGAGUGUAAGUCAGUCAGUCUUUAUGAGUAGCACAUCAACUGUUAGUAGUGAAACUAUUAGCAUAUCAUCUCUCCCAGCUUCAAGUAAUCAAAUCCAACCUGUUGACAGGGAUUCAUCCCAAGUAAUUUCUUAUCCAAAUGUGGUUCUCAAAGAUGGUUCAAAUGUUAGCAUUGAUUGGGAAAAUGGUUUGGUAUUUGAUUCUUCAAGCGGGAAACAGAUGACUGUUGCUGAAGCUGUACAGAAAGGUCUGCUCAAUAGUGAUUUGAUAGAAAAUCUGGCUGAGCAGCGUACUCCCCAACAAAUUCCAUUUUCCAAGAACAUCAACAUUAACUGGCAGUCUGGCAGAAUAACCGAUAUCAAAACUAAUCAACCACUAACAAUAACUGAAGCUUUACAUAAAGGACUUCUUGAUAUAGCAACUGCACAGAAAUUAGCUGUAAUUUCUGGGGAAAAAUUGCCCACUGACAUCAUCGCUAGUGCCUUACAAUCGAAAAAGACCAAACGAUCUGAGCCAGAACUUCUGACAACUAAUACUAAGGAAUUCCACCAGACAGUUAAUGUGAGAGAAAGUUGUACCAUAUCUCAGUCUGGAACACAUGUGAAGCAAUCAGCUUCCUUCACAACUAGGUUACCAAUGACCUUAAAUGAUGCUGUUCAUGGUAGCCAUUUCAUAAAUGAAUUGGGUAAAAUUAUCAACCCAAUGAAUGGUCAACCAAUGUCCAUUCGGGAGGCUGUUGACCAUGGAGUGAUCGACUGUGAUAGAUCUGUUAUAAUUGAUCCCAAAAGUGGUACUGUUUUAUCUGUGAGGUUGGCAAUGCAUGGAAAAGUUCUUAAUCCUGACACAGGUGAACUUAUCCAUACUGUGACUGGUGAGCGGAUACCUUUGCAUGAAGCUCUUCUGGAGGGUUUGAUUCCUGAUGAGAUAUUAUCUACAGGAAUGGACAUAAAAGAUUCUGCAGAAUCAAGCAAAGAAUUCUCUGAAAAUCUAUUUAAUGAGCAAAAAUAUACUUUAGAUGAGGCCAUAAAUCUUGGUUUGGUUAACGAACAGGAUGGGACUUUUACUCACCCAACAACCAAAGAUACAAUGACACUUUCUACUGCUGUUCAAUAUGGAUUUAUUGGUUCUGAUAAGGACAGUGUGGUGGAGCCAAAAGAGCUUCAUAAAUAUGAAAAGGUAACGAAAGACAGUGUUUCUAAUGUCUCAAUGAAAACUUAUCCAAUGACUACUCCAGAAUCAACACUUGUCCAUCAGCCAAUGGCAUUGUCAACUGGGGAACAGUUCAAAGAGCAAGGCCCAGCUGACAUCACCCCUGAAGCUGUUGUAAAAAGGCAGAAGGGCACUAAAAACACUGAUGAGUUGGCCAAGAGACUUUCUUUUGCAGAAGCUCUUAACCAAGGUUUUAUUGAUUUAGCUGAAAAUAAAUACACAGAUCCUAAGACCGGAUCUCGGAUGGCAAUUUUAGAUGCUAUCAGAGAACAACUUAUUGACCCUAGCGCUGAUGUUGAAACCUCACCAGAACCUUCCUCCAAAAUGAGCCUAAUUACAGCCAUUGAUGCUGGUCUGUUUGAUCCUAACACUGGGAAGUUCACAGACUCCAUGUCAGGACAAACUAUGACUCUACAAGAAGCAGUUGAUCGAGGUUUCAUCAACGACCAGACUGCUAUCUAUGACUUAAAGAGUGAGAAAAUGUUAACUCUCCAAGAUGGUUGGAAAGAAGGAAAGAUUGAUAAAACCAGUGGUAAAUUCAUUGAGGGAAAUAAAGCAUUUGACUUGAAGGAUGCUGCCAAAGUUGGACUUAUUGCUGUGGCUGGUAUUGCUGGGGCUCCAGUUAUUGCUGGGAAAAUGCUUUUUGAUAAAGGAAAGGAAUUAAUAGGAAAAUCUACCAGCAAAACAAAAUCUCCUGCUAUUCCAGUUACGGUUGAAGCAACGAAGGGCAGUAUUGUUGAACCUAAUGUGGUUGAAGUUGUCAAAAUUAAACAAGUGUCACCUGUCUCUGAAGAUGCAAUGACAUUGAUGGAGGCAAUAUCAAGUGGGUUCUUGAAUUCUAACACAGGAAUGUACAAAAUACCUUUCUCAGGAAAUUCCAUCACACUUAAAGAAGCUAUUGACUCUGGUUAUAUUUUCCCAACAUCAGGGUCUAUAAAUAUUGCUGGUCGUACCUACACAUUACAAGAAGCAUUUGACCAAAAUUUAAUCGAUGCUACUGGACAUUUUGUUGAUCCCAGUAACAAAACCAAAAAGACAUUGCAUGAUUUAAUUAAUAAUGGUGAUUUACAAGAAACACCGGUAGAUAAUCGUGCAUCAAGUAAAAUAACAAUCAAGAUGAUUGAUAAAUUGUCUAUUGAUGAAGUACUUGAUCCUUCAACUGGUAAUUAUAUUGAUCUAAAGACGGCGAUUGACAAGGAUAUUGUUAAUGUUGAAAAUGGAAGUUACCACAAUCCUGUCACUGGACAAACUUUCUCUCUGGUCAAUGCCCUUAGUUCUGGCUUUGUCCAUGGCAACACACUUGACAAUCUUGUAUCAAGAGAGGAGAAAUCCAAAGAGGGCUACACUGCUGCAGUUUCAUUCUCUGAGCAGAAAGAUGUCCAUGUUUCUUCUGUGUUAGACCCAAAUACAGGAGAAAAGAUGCCGCUUACUGAAGCAGUAAAGAAGAACAUAUUAAAUAUACAAAAAGAAACAUUCACAAACCAAAAGACGGGUGAGCGCAUGAGCAUAAAUGAAGCUCUCAGUAAAGGCUACAUCUCUACAGAAGAAACAGAUGAUCAGUUUUCUAGCUCUCAACCAAGGGAUCCUAAGAAAGAUGUGACCGUCACAAAAAGACAAUCAAUUACAAUAAGUCAUGUGACUGACCCUGUCACACAAACAGUUCUUCCUAUCAGUGAUGCUGUAGAGAAAGGUUUGGUUGAUGUUUCUGAUGGUGUUCUUUUAAACAAAUCCACUGGAGAACAUAUGGCAUUGGCUGAAGCAUACAAAAAGGGUUUGGUGAAAGGCUCAGCAGAGGGUUCUCCUGCUGAUUUGACAUACCCUGGCUCUGAAAAAACAUUGAAAAUUCAAUCUGUUUAUGACCCUAAACUGAAAGACUUUUUGUCCAUUGAAGAUGCUAGUAAAAAGGACCUUAUAUGUUUGGAAAGUGGUACUUAUACUGAUGAAAAUGGAGUGAAGAUUUCUCUAUCUGAAGCAGUAAAGAAGGGCUAUUGUAAAAGUGAACAAGAUACCACUGAUGUUCUGCCUCCUAUUAAAUUUAUUGUUGAUCCUCAAACUGGACGUCAACUAACUGUAACAGAAGCUAUAGGACAAAACAUUGUUGAUAAAAACUUAAGCAGUUACAGAGACAAAACCACUGGUGAUAUAUAUCCAAUGUCAGAAGCUAUUAAGAAAGAUUUGGUAAUGACUGUCGAACCAGCAGGAAAUUUUGUGGUUAGACCUGAAAAACAAGAAUCUAUCCAAAUCACAGAUGUUGUGGAUACUCGUUCUGGUAAAACUUUGCCCCUUGAUAAAGCUGUGAAAGCUGGACUGUUUGACCCUCAGAGGGGAGAAAUGAUCGAUCAAAUUACUGGAGAACGUCUGCCAAUCCAGCAGGCUGUGACAAAAGGCUUAGUGAAAGUUACUCCAGUCUCACCAGAUGUUCCAACUGCAAAAUCUUUGAGUUCUUCAACCAUUGUAAAAGACGUUAAAACUGGCAAAAACUUAACUUCAGAAGAAGCCAUAAAUGCUGGUAUUUUAGAUCCAAAGAAUAAUCUGUUCAAGAAUACAGCUACAGGAGAAACCAUGCACUUAUCCGAAGCUAUUGAGAAAAACUUAGUUGCAGAUAUGAAGAAACCUAAGAAAUGUGACAUUCAAAAAGGUACAGCUCGCCAUGUAAAUGUGACUGCUGUUCUGAACACCACUACAGGAGAAGAACUUACACUAGAAGAAGCCGUUUCACAGAAAAUUAUUGACAGAGAUGGGAAAACCUAUUUGGACUCAAAUUCUGGUACUGUUCUCAGUAUCGAGGACGCUAUGAAAGAAGGUUUCGUUUCUGGCUCUGUUCAGUCUGUGGUUACCACAAAGACCACAGUAUCAUCUCAGAAACCUGGAGUAACAUAUAACGUUAUUGGAGCUGUUGAUCCUGAGAAGCAAGAAAUGAUAAGUACAGCUGAUGCGUUUGAAAAGGGGAUCUUAGACCCAGCUGGAAAUUAUGUUGACAUUAAAACUAACAGCACCUUAUCAAUUACAGAAGCAAUUCAAAAGGGAUUUGUGAAAGCUGAAAUUACUGAAGGUUCAGUUAAAAGAGCAAAACCUGGAUUAAAAUUAAAAGACGCUUUGAUUAAAGGUCUCGUGGAUCGAAAAACUGGUAAAUUUAUUGAUCCGGGUUCCAACAGUUGCUAUUCUGUUGAUGAAGCUGUUUUAUUAGGAAUCUUAUUGAAUGACCAAGAUGAACCUUUCCAUUUCCCUGAUAAUUCCCGGUCACCAAAAGCAUGUUCUUUCCAAGAGGCUAUAAAAAUAGGCCAAAUAAACGUAAAAACGGGCUUAUUCACACGACCUGAUAGCAAAACUGAAUGUGAUCUUCAGACUGCUGUUGAUGAAGGCUAUCUCUCUCCAAAACUACCGAGAGCCAAGAAGUCCCCAGUUGAAUCAGUUGUGCUGCUGAAAAGCUCUGAACUUCCAGCCGAUACAAAAACUGGUUCAAGCAUAACUUUUAAACAAGCUCUUAAUGAUGGCCUCUUAGAUGUGAACUGCCAACGAUACCGGGAUUCUGAUAAAGGUUUAGAUAUGACCAUUGAGGAUGCUGUGAAAAGGGGUAUUUUAAGUGAUCUGACUACUGGAGAUCCCAUUACUUUUAAUGAUGCCUUUAAAUCUGGACUGAUUGAUUCCUCAUCUGGAACUUUCCGAAACCCUGUCACCAAUGUUACUUUGUCAUUGGACGAAGCUUUCCAAUGUGGAUUUUUGGUACCUACUAGUUCUUCUCCAUCUGCUAGCAAUGGAAAUAUUCCUCCCAAUGACGACAAACCUAUUUCUUUGAGCAAAGCUUUGCAAGACGGUUAUUUAGAUGAGACAACAGGAAAUUACACGGAUCCUACAAGCCAUGUAACUCUCUCUCUAGACAAAGCCCUUCAGCUAGGUUAUAUUGCCGCUAAAACAGACAUUCCUGGUGAAGCAAAGCAAAAGGAACCAUUCCGAAAAGGUCAAUACAUGACUGUCACAGAAGGUUCACCUUUUAGUCCUGAUCAAAGUGCUUAUUAUUCAAAUGGAGAAUUAAUUUCAAAAAGUGCUACCGAAAUCCAAACGAUAGCCACUAGUUCCACCUAUAUGGCAGUUCCUGGUUUCUACAUUGAUUCCAGCGGCAAUGUUGUGAACAGCACCACAGGAGAUUCGAUUCCUCUCAAGGAAGCAGUAGCUGCUGGGCUCGUAACAUCAGAAGCUGUUGAAGGAAGUAGUUUUCUUCAGGUAAUUGGAGAGAAACCACUGCCAACUUUAGAAAUUGAAUCUUCAGAAACGGGUAAGAAUAUGCCUCCCAAUCCAAAAGGUCAAGGUCUUUGUGAGAAAUCUUCAACAGUUGUGACAAAAGAACAAAGUUUGCCAGGUUUUCACCAUUCCAUUCCAAAUGGCUUUCAUAGUUCCAAUUCCUCCACUACAGAUAGCAGUGAGGAUAUUGAUGAGCAUCCAUAUAGCUUUUCCCAAUCAAAUCUGAACGAUCAAUAUAUUACAUCCCCUCCCAUUGUAUCUGGUGAUUGUCCGUAUGUGUCCAAUCUCGACUGCUAUUGCAAGAACUUUAUUAAAGGAUUCUGGGAUCCUCUUAGUUGUAAAUUUGCUCACCCAUCUAAUAUGGAAUUACUCAACCUUCACCAAAGUUUAGAAUCUGGUUUACUCUAUGGACCUAGUGUGACUCUUCAUUUGAAUCCUUCAACUUCGAUUAGUUUAGAGCAAGCUAUUUUAUCAGGACAGGUUCACAUCGAUAAUGGAAACUUAAUCGUUAGCAACAGUAAUUUGCAAUAUUCUCUGGCAUCAGCUUUCAAAGAAAGAAUUAUUUGUUUGGAACACCCUGAAAUAAAGGAAUCAGAAUUUUUCCAGUUUCGUAAUAAAAUUGGUCCUGGUUUAUUUGACCUUAUCAAGACAGGAUCUGUUACAGCAGCAACCAGAAUGUUAGAUGUGAAAAACCAAGAAUUUAUUAAUCUAGCCACUGCUAACGACAGACAUCUGUUUGAUAUUCAGACUGGGCAGAUUCAGAAUUCUUCAUUGAAAAAAUGGCUGGACUGGAAUGAAGCACUGCAUAAAGGUUUCAUAGUUGACAAAAUUGAAACUUCUAUUGCUGAUCUGGUACAUGAAGGAAAUUUUGAUAGUUCCAAUUAUUUGUUUAAGGAAACCACUACAGGAAAAUGGUAUACUCUGGAUGAGAUGAUAAGUUUUCAAUAUUUGAGCCUAUAUUCUGAAGAAGUUGUAAAUACAAAAUCCAAUCAAAUCGUUUCAAUAAGAGAAGCUUUUUGUGAAAAUAUUCUCCAUUCAAAUACUGUUGGCUGUUUUUAUCUUGAUCUGAAUAAGAAUAGGCAACUAACUAUCACUGAAGCUGUAAACAAAGAAUUCUUAAUCUCCCGUAAGCUUAAAAUUUUGCUUCAUGAACAACCCCGACAUCAUGAACAACUCCAACACAAUCCAUCUGAUGUAAUUUUGAAUUCAAAUUUCACAACUGAUAAUAUUCAGCUUAACUCUGAUAAAAUUACUACAUCGCCAUCUCUCCGAAGACGAUCUUCAAUGCCAACUCUUUCUUCCAAAAGAAGAACAUCAGUCUCCACUCUGAGAAGAGAAAGUCUGUCUUUAUGUACCCCUCUCUUAGCAGAAAAUGCUAACGAUUCAGUGACUUUAGAUGAGGCUAUCCUUACUGGCCUGUACAACCCAUUAAAAAAUACUGUGACUUACCCAUCAAAUGAAUCUGUUCCUUUAUCAACUGCUAUAGAUGAUGGAUUUAUAAGAAUGGAAUCUCUCGUUAGAGACCCUGUAAGUUGGGAUGUGAUGAUUCUUAGCGAAGCCAUUUCCAAACGGCUUAUUGAUGUUGAUUCUGGUAAAAUGAUGGAUGCUCAAAGUCAAGCUAUUGCUUUGAACUUUGCUCUUGAGAAAGGGUUGAUUGUGAGAUGCCGUUCGCCAUUAAAAUUAUCUCUCACUGAAAUGUUUGAUGAACUUUUCAAUGAAGAUACUAAUCUGUUUCUAAAUCCAAAUACUAAUGAAGAAAUUUCAUUUUCUGAUGCAAUCAAUAUUGGAUUGAUUGAUACUGAUCUGGUACGAGUGCGGAAUGAUGCUGGUGAAGCUUGUAGCUUCAGUUCUGCUCUAGAAAAUAACUUGUUUAAUGCUGAAAGGUCAGAGUUAUCCUAUCGAGGGACUGAAUACUCUUUGAUUGAGGCCAUAGAUAAAGGAUUGAUUCUUGAUAUUUCCUCACAGCCUGGCCUUACACUUCAGGAAGCUUUUGAAGAAGGAAUUUAUGAUCCUUGUAAAAAGAGAUUUGUUGAUCCCUUUUCCUCACUCCCAAGUUCGUUUAUGAAUGCUUUAGAAUUUGGACUUCUAGACAAAAAUUCUAUCACUGUUCGAGAUGUAAAUUCUCAAACUCUUUUAACUGUGAGUGGUGGAAUUCUACAGGGGAUUAUAAGUGCUUCUGAUGGUUCCUACAUUACACCUUCAAAAUGUUACCCUCUAGAAGAAGCAAUACGCAAAGGUUUAAUUCUUCAAGAUAAAGGUACAUCAGAAACUACUCCUAUAGAAGCUGUUAAACUUGGUAUCUAUAAUCCAGAAUCCUGUAAAUUUAUGAAUCCAAAAUCAGGAAAGAUUGAAAAUUUGCAGGAAGCUGUGAGCAGUGGAUUACUAAUGAUUGAUCAAAUUACAAUUAAACAUGAAGAUCAUUUUCUGACUAUUGACGAAGCUGUUCAAAAGGGAAUUUUAAAUGUUGAAGAUGUUAAGAUUAAGUCUAAUGGUAAAGAUCUUGAUUUAAAAGAAGCUGUUGAUGCUGGCAUCAUCAGACUUGCCACAGGCCAAUCUGCAGUUGGUCUUGUCACUGCUAUUCAAUCUGGCUUUUUUGAUCAGGAUUUAAAGAAUGUUAUUGAUCCAAUAUCAGGAAAACAAAUUGAUAUUCAAGAUGCUGUAGAUAUUGGGUUGAUAGAUUCAAAGCUAACAUUAGUGAAAAAAUCCAACAGCGAAUCUUUUUCACCACUAAACCAAGCCAUUGAUCAAGGCUGGUUUGACAGUGUAAAAGGGACUCUUUGUAAUUCUGAGGGAUCUUGUGUUGAUCUUUCUACAGCCCUCAGUAAUAAUCUUAUAUCGGAUAUCUCAAAUAACAUUAGUCUGAAUGAGGCUAUUGAGCUGGGAUUCUACCAGGAGGACACUAAUUCAGUUUACAACAUCUAUACACAAGCUUUCAUUCCAUUGAAGGAAGCAGUGGAGUCUCAUGUCUUAUCCGAUAAGGAUCGUUUUAUGUUCCCUGAUCACCCCAGCCCACUAUCCAUUCUGCAAGCCAUAGAGGCAAAUGUUUUAGACUCUUCUGGUAAAUUUAUUUCUCAAAAUAGAAGCUAUACACUUGCUGAAGGGCUAAAAACUCAGAAAAUCUUACCUUGCAAUAAUUUGAAUGGUAAACAAAUGAUAGAUAUACCCCAACUUCAUCAAAAUAGUGAAAUGGGAUUUUUGAAAGAGCCAUUGGUAUGGGAUGUUCAUUUAAAAUGUUACAUUCCUUUUAAAACUGCUGUUAAAAAAAGAAUUUUAAAUCCUGAAAACUUUACUUUAUCCAUUCCUGGAAACCAGCAUCUUUCUUAUAAAGAAGCUUUAGAAGUUUGUUAUAUCAUUGAUGCAGAGAAACCUAAACUCAGUUUAAAAGCAGCCUAUGAAUAUGGAGUAUUUGAUUCUCAGAGACAGAUGUUUUGGGAUCCUAGAAUAGAUGAUUACAAGAAUUUAACUGAUUCUUUAUCAAGUAAUCUAAUUGAUGGACAGACAUCUUUGAUUAAACAUCCAGAAAAUGGGUCUGUAUUCACUCUGUAUGAAGCUUUAGAAAAGGGAGUGAUUAGUAGUAAGACAAUGUCACUGCUAAAUAAAUCUAAAAAGACAAGAAUUUCUUUGGAAAAAGCUGUUAAAUCCGGGUCUAUAUUUACCAUUCCUGACCAACAAAUUGACUUGGGAAAAGCAGUAAACAUGAAACUUUUUGAUUCCAAUUCUAGUUGCAUGUUGAACACUUCGACAGGAAAAAGGCAGACAUUAAAGGAAGCUAUUGAUUCAGGUUUUAUAAAUAUAAACCAUACAUUUGUUUCAGCAGACAACAAACAACCUUUGUUAUUGUCAAGCAUUAUUGAGGACAACAUGUUUGAUCUAACAACAGGAUGUCUUACUCAAUCUGGCAUCAAUUUAACUUUACAAGAUGCUGUGUUGAAAGGAAUUAUAUUUGAUCAUUUAAAACCUUCAGAAUUAAAUAAUGAAUUGGAAAAGACAAAAGAUGUAUUUCCUGAUGUAAGUUCAAAAGGAAUGGCACUUGACAAUGUGCACAGUGUGAUGCCAAAUAAUUUCCCAAAUGGUCUAGAAACUUCACAAGUUGCACCUCAAAUAUUCUUUCCAAUAUCAAAUGGUGUUUCGUCAAACUUUGUUCAUACCAUACAAGAUACACCUACUAUCGAACAAAACCCAUCAUUGGACAACAGCUCUCUACAUUCUCCAGAAACUUUGCAAAGUAAACUUUCUAAUGUGCCAACUCCAUUGUUGAAUGAUAAUUUACCAAAAGGUAAAGAAUCGUUGCAAGAUGCAAGUGCUAUGUCAAAGAAUCCAAAAUCUAUGACAUUUGCUGAAUCACAACUUAAACCAGAAAACAUUUCCAAAGGAAAUGCAGUUAAUAAUGCAGAAGUGACGCCAUUAAAAAGUAUUUCAAACUCCCAGCAGGCCUUGCUGAAUCCUACUUUCACAGUUGAUGUAAACCAUCCAGAUUUAGAGAAAUCUUCAUCUAAUGUACAAGAAUUGCUUCAAAAUCCACAUUCCGAAGGAGUUGCAGUAAAUGAAGCCAAUUUUAUUGCACUUCCUAAGAAUCCUGUUGGCAGUCAAGAAACUUUGCAGGACGCUAUGUCUAAAAGAACAGUACUUGACCAGUCAUCACAGCAAGUCACAGUUCCCAGAAGAACUGGAUCAAAUGAAGAAGCAUCUCCAAGACUACCUGAUAGUUUACCAAGAAACCCAGAAAAUCAACAGGCUAAACUUUCUGAAGGAAUACAACUUAAUAAGGAUUUACUUGAUACUUACCAAAAAGAUCAAGAAAUGAUCCAAAUCUCAAAUUCUGUUCCAAAUAUUUCUGAUAAAGCAGACUUUACAGCAUUUCCUAAUAUUGCUCCAAAGAAUCAAAAGCAAACACAAGAUUCAGCUUGUAAAGAAACAGGAGGUAUAACAACACUCGAUAGUUCAUUAGAGAUGCAGGAAUCUUUUGAUACUGUGGCUUCCAAAAACACUGUAUUUAAUGAGGUACCAUAUACAUCACUGUCUGUUAAUACACUAAAGAAUCAGCCAACGCUGCAAGACUCAACCGCCUUAAGAACUGUUUCUGAUAAGGUAGAAUGUAUAGGAAUGUCUGAUAGUUCUCCUAGAGAUGAGCAAACUUUACAGAAUACAACUGCUAUAAAAACUGUAUCUGAGAACGUAGAAAGUGCAGAUGUGUCGGAUAGCAUAUUAACAGAUCAUGAAACCAUCCAAGACACGACUCCAACAAGGAUUUUAUAUGAUAUAGAAGAAUACACAGAAGGGGCUGAUACUUGCAUUAGAACUCAAGAAUUCUUUACAGUUUUUAAAGAAGUUAUAGUCAAAGACUCUCUGUCUAAAAUGCAACCUCUCAAGUACCUAAAAGAACCAGAAAUUUGGCAGGAUGAACUUCAAAGAAAUGUAUUUAAUAAGGGUGAGUCUACAACACUACCUUGUGGUUCUUCAAAGAAUCAAGAAAAUUUGCCAUGUACAACAUCAAUAGGAACUGAUUCUGAUAAAACUGAUUCUGUGUCCUUGUCUGAUGAUAUCUUGAGAGGUCAGAGAACUGAGAAAGAAACCAUUUCUAAUGAAAUUUUAUUGUACAGUAAAGGUUCUGUUGAACCAGAUAAUAAAGUAGUUGUGACUGAUGAUAUGAAAAUGCUUCCUGAUGAAAGGGCAAAUUCUAAAAGUACAUUAAUUCUGCAGGAAAUGAAGCCAGAAUUGUGCAGUUUGUCUUUAAUUAAAAAUUCUUCAGCACCUGAUGAAAAAAUCAUGCUGACUAAAGUACCAAAAUUCAUACCCCAGAAUAUUUCAGUUAGCAGUGAUGUUUCCAAUAUCCAAGCGUCUGCCACAGAGCAACCAUUACAAAGUCCAAUAUUACUCUAUAACCCAGAACUCUCUCAACUGAUGCUGCCAUUGAAUUUGAAGUGUUCUAACCCUGAAACAACUUUGAAUGAUUAUCUUGACAAAGGUUUGUAUGAACCUGAGACAGGGUUUUUAAUAGACCCCAAUACUGGCAACUCUAUGACAAUACUGAAUGCUUUGAAAUUAGAACUUUUAAAUCCUUUAGCUGAUGAAAUUGUGUGUCCUCAGACUCUAGAAACUAUGAACAUCCUUGUUGCCAAUUCGAUUGGCCUUUUAUCAUUGGAGAAAGGUAAAUUUAAACACCCUGUGUCUAAUGAAAUUAUGAACCUUUAUGACGCCAAAAAGAAGGGGUGGAUUUCAAAGGAGGAUAAAGGGUUAAAGGCUCAAAAUGCUGAUCUUAGCCAUUCUAUAAAUUCAGAUAUGUCGGCAAGUGAUAAAACUAACAACACGUAUUCUGAUUUGAAUAAUUCUGAGAUAGAAAAUAUGAAACUAGAAGAAGCUUUUGCUUCUGGAAUGCUAAGUCGAUCAAAUUCUCAAGUUAUUGACCCUGAUACUGUGCAAUCAAUUACUCUAAGAAGAGCUGCUAGUUUAGGUCUUAUUGAUAUCAAAACUGGUAUAUUUAAAAACCCACAGACAGGGCAGUGCAUGAGUUUGGCUGAAGCCCUUCACCAAGGUUUCAUCAUUAGUCCAAGUGGACUGACCCUAUACAGUGCUGUUGAUCAGGCUCUUUAUGAUAAAAAGCUUGGGCUUUUCUGUGACCCUUGCUCUGGAAAACACAAUGAUCUCGCUACUGUUAUUGGAAAUGGUUUGAUCACAGCUAGUUGUAUGGAAAUUCGAGACCUCAAUCAGGAUUCAAUCAUAAAUCUUAAAGAAGCUAUCAAUCGAGGUAUAAUCGAUCCUCAUAAGGGAACUUAUAUUACUCCAGGAGAUCACAAAAAGCUGGACUUCAUUGAAGCAAUAGCUGCAGGAUUAAUAGUUAGCAACAGCACACGAGAAGGAUUAAAAGAUUCUAAUAAUGCAGACUACACAGAAACAACCUCGUCAGAAACGGAGCCAAUUCUUUCAGUUGAUUCAAACCAAACUUUGGUAACACCUGAAAAUGCUGCUAAACCCUAUAUGGAAAGCAACCUGCCACAGAAACCUCUUGAAAUGGUUUCUGGCUCAGAUAAUAAGGAUAAACAACUUCCUCUGAUUGGUUUGCCUUCACAUGCAGACAAGAAUACAGUGGAAUCAUUUGAAACUACAGUACCUUCCAAACAAACUUCAGAUAUUCUGCAUACAGAAGAAUUUGCUGAAAAUCCAGAAUUUAAGAAACCAAUAAAUGAUGCUACAACAGAAGCAAUACAAUUGUCUCUUCCUGAUGGUCUGCCUCAAAGUGGAUUGUCUUCCUCUCUGUCACCGGUGUCAUCUAACAGAUUAGAAACUGUUGUUCCAUCUGAUGUUCAGUCCUCUCCUGAUUUCUCAGCAGAUAAAACUAACCAAAUAUCAUUUACUGACAAACUCCACCCUCAACCAACUGAACCUAUACAACUAACAGAUUCUAAGCAAAUUAGCAGCAAUAAGGAACCUAACCUUCUUGCAAAUAAGACAGAAAACAAUGUAUUCCUGAGAGAGAAAAAAGAUGUCAAACCACGACCAAAUUCUUGGAAUCAGUUUUGGCAACAGUCUAGCUGUAAGGGUCGUCUUCCAGACUCUUACGACAGACUUCUGCAAGAACUAAACUCUGAACUGAAUUGGUUUACUGAUGCAGAACAACUGCUUAAAGAAGACUCUGCAGUUAGUUGCAACAUUAAGGAAUUGACUGGACAGCGAGAUGCACAAAAGACGCAUCAUGCAGAAAUCCUUGACCACCAACAGCCAGUACUUUCUCUUGUCUUCCAAGCUGAACAAAUCUUGGAACACUACCAAGAAGAAAUUACUCCGGAGCAAGUUGAUGCACUAAAAACCAUUUCUGUGUCCCUUAAAGACCUAAUGGAAAAGGUGUUGAGAACUUCUGGAAACCGACUAAAACAUCUUGAAAGUGCAACGGAACAGCUUGGAAAGUUUGAGGAUGAACUAGCCAAAUUUAAGGACUGGAUGACUUCUGCUGAGAACACCAUUGAUAAAGUUGUACUUGAAGACAUUGAUUCCUUGAAGUCUGUUGUAGAAAAACACAAGAGCUUCUCCAAUGACAUCAUUGCACACCAAGCUGACGUGCGCUUUAUGUCCAUGGCAGUUCAGAAAUACAUUGAAGAGGCAAAGUUUCAUAAACUGGAGUUGGAUGCCUUUAAAGCUGACAAACAAAAGCCGACGCGAUUAAGUCGUAUCAGUAUGGAUACAUUAGAGGCUGAAUCUGUGAAAGAUAAACUGAAAGAAUCGUCUGACCGUUACCAAGAACUCAAGAGCAAAUGUAGUUCACUUUGUGAUAAACUAAAUGAAGUUUCAGACAAACAAGGAGAGUUCCACCUCCAGAGUAACAAACUGCUGACAUCAAUAAACACUGCUGAGGAGAAACUUGAAGAAGCAUUACAAGAACCUCUUUCAACAGAUCCAGAAGAGCUGAAGGCUCAACUUGAUCAAAUGAAGGCAAUGAGCAAUGAAACUAUUACCUAUCAAUCACAGAUCACCGACUUAGAGGUUUGUGGCAAACAGUUGAUCUCCUGUUUAAAUCAGUUCAAUACAGAACCAGAACAAAUACAAAAAGUUGAUGAAAUAAUCAGGGAAAUUUCAUUCCGUUGUGCAUCACUGAGUGAUGACAUUAACAGUCGGUAUAACACCUUACAAAUGGCUCUAACUAAAUCACAGGAUGUAAAAGAAGCUAUAGAAAGUCUCCUAAAUUGGUUGAGAGAUGUUGAAGGCUCCCUUGUGAACCAAAGACCAAUCAGUUUGUAUCGAGAUAAUCUUCUUGAACAGAUCAAUGAGAUCAAAGUGAUUGAAACAGAUAUAGACAGUCACAAACCAAGUGUAGAUGCUGUUCAAGUGAGUGCAAAUGAAUUAAUGAAGUCAUGUGAUCUUGACAUGGCUAAAAAUGUAGAAAAGAAAAUAGGUGCUCUUAAUUCACGAUUCCUUGCACUCACUAAAAAAGUUGAGAGCCGAAGUAGCAACCUCCAAGAGAUAUUUGAAGAACUUAGUAAAUUCCACCAAGAACUCCAAGUGACAAAUGAUUGGUUAGCCAGCAGUAUCGACAUGUUGGAAUCUAAAGAAUUGACUCAAUUACCAAUGCCUUUGUUUAAACAAAGGGUUGAUAUUGUAUCAACUGAAUGCAAAAGUAAAAAGCAGCCGAUAAAAGAUUUGAUAGGUUCUGGUAAAAAACUUAUUGCUGAUCCAAGGACUGGAGAAUCAUCAUCUCUUGAAGAGUGCAUUGCCACUUUAGAACGUAGCUGGACAGAAUUUGACUUGUUGCUUGCUAUGAGGGAAAAAGAGGUUGGUUUACGAGAGGAGAAGGGUGAAGAAUUUGAAGUAUUAAAGACAGAGGUAUUAGACUGGCUUGGAACAUUAGAAGUGAAAACGGAUAGCUUGGAACCUACUGCUGUUGCAAUUGAAGAUGUAAAGGAACAAUUGCAAGAUUUACAGCCAUUACUAAACGAACAUUCCAAUCAACGGAAAAAGAUCAAUGAAGUCAACGAUGUAGGAAAUGCUUUAGAUUCUCUUCAAACAAUAGAAAAUACAAGCAGCCCAGUCAGAAGAAGCCGAAAAGCAGCUGGACUACCAUCACCAAGUAUUCGAAGUCCAUCUCCUAUUAUACCAGUUUCUCCAACCACAAUUGGUAUCAGUCCCAUGUCAAGUGAAUCCAGUGGAGUAAGCAGCAGGAAAAGUUCUUCAGAUAAUUUACUCCUUGAUGAUCUCAGUGAUAUUCAACAACAACUGUUGGAUAUUAACCAACGUUAUGAAAUCCUUGGAGAACGUCUCGGUGAACGCCAUCUGGAGUUGAACACCACCAUGGAUAAUGUUGAGAGUUUCCACCAAGAUAUCAAAGAUUUACUGAAUUGGAUAGCUUUGAAAGAAGACAGCCUGAAACAAGACAGAGUGCUGCCAACAAACGAAGUAGAUGCUAAAGAGUCUCUUUCAAAUCAUGAGGCAUUCCACAAAAAAAUUCUUGGCAAAGAACAUUUGGUGGAAGAAAUAAAAAGAAAAUCUGACAACUUAAUUAAGAGCCAUGAUUCAGUGGAUGGACUGGAAUUUAUUCAAGAACCACUGAACUUGUUAGAAAUGAAAUGGUCCACAUUGAAAACCAAAUCUGAAAAUGAACAGAAAUUACUAGAAGACAUAAUUGCUGAUCUACGUGAGUUCCGUGAAUCUGGCCAUCAGUUAGAUACAUGGUUAGCUCAGAAGGAAAAGAUGGUUGCUGUUCUUGGACCUUUAGCUAUCGAUCCUGUUGUUAUCCAAAACCAAAUUGGACAAGUCAAGGUCCUCCAAGAAGAACUGCAUGGACAAGAACCAGUUUAUGAACAUUUCAUUCAGGCUGGUCACUCAAUACUUGACCGAUGUGAACCGGCAUCAAAAGAUGCCCUUGACGUGAGCCAGAGAAUGGAUAUAAUUAGCAAAGCAUGGGAACGGUUGCAGACACGUCUGAAAGACCGACAGAACAGUUUGACAUCAAUGACUGAUUUGAGUUCAAACUUCCAGGAUACAUUGGGCUCACUUACACUUUGGUUAACUGAGUUUAAUGAUGUUCUCAAUGCCUUGACUCCAGUUGUUGCUUGUUCAGACAACCAACACCGAUUGACAAAUGAAACAAAGAUGCAUGAAGACCAACUGAAGCAAAGGAAAGGUGAUAUGGAGAAACUGAAGGAGAUCAGCCGUAAACUAGGAGACGCCACCAAAGACAUGUCUAUAAGAACAGAUCUCAAGACUAAACUCUCUGGUGUGGAAAAAUUAUUUCAAGAAGCUGAAAAGAAAUUAUUAUCUCGAAGAAACAGUCUGGAUCUUGCUAAUAAAACAAGUAAAAAAUUCACAGUUGACUGCCAAGAAGAAUUAAAUUGGGAAAACGAUUUUGUGGCCAAGUUAGACCUUGUAGAACCAUUGUCUGGUAAAAUGGACAUCCUAAAACAACAACAUCAUCAGGACCAAAUCCUUCAACAGGAAAUAGCUCAGCAUGAGCAAAUUGUGCGAGAUUUAGUCGACUCAGGGAACAAACUGGUCAAAGAACUGCAAAGCAGCGGAAAUAAUCCAGAGAAGCUGUGUCACCAAGUGGAAGAACUGAAUACUGGAAUGUCUAAGAUCAAAGAGAAGGCCGAAGGUCGGCACCAGAGUAUUCAGGAUAGCAUGAAACACGGCAAACGGUUCCAAGAACACCUCAGUAGUUCUUUGUUGACCACAAAAUACAAUGAGGAAAAGUUAGAGAACAUGACCUGUCCCAAGGCUGAGGCUGAAGAUGUCAUUAAGAAACUAAAGGAAACCAGGGCUUUACAAAAUGAUGUUCUGAAAUUGUCAUAUGACCUCGAUGUUCUUAACCGUGAAGCUCAAAUUUUCAUACAAUGUGUGGAAACUGACCAAGAUGAAAUUCAAAAAGAUGUGGAUGAGAUUAAACAAAGGUCUACUGCCUUGUCAUCCACCAUGGACAAGAAAGUUCAAAAUCUUGAAGAUGUAUCACAGCGCCUGACAGAAUUCAAUGAGGUCAUUGAUGAUGUUGAAAAUACUCUGGGAACAAUCAACACCAAACUGGAAGAUCACUAUUCUGCUAAUAACGCCAGUAAAGACCCACAACAUAUUGAAAAGAUCCAAGCUCUAAACCAAGAGCUGUAUCCUGUACAGAACCAAAUUGACUACACAAAGGGCAUUCUGAAUGGAUUAUCUUCUGGUGACACCAAAGUCACUAAUCUUGAAAACAUUUCAGCCAAAGUGUCCAAAGCUGAAGACAAACAUUCAUCACUUCGGGAUAACGUUGAUGGUUUGCUAAAAGACAUGCAAUCUGGAUCACAAACCAUUGACUUGAUCAAGAAUCAAAUGAAGGAUUUGGAUAAUGAGUUGUUAUCAAUGGAUUCCAGACUGACUUCAUACUUACCAGUAGCCAGAGAUAUGGCAGAACUGAAAGAGCAAUGUCAAAACAUGAAGCUCUUCUCUGUUGAUUUGGCUGGUAAAAAAGAUAGAAUAAACCAGCUGAAAAACGAGUGUGAUGACCUGGUAAAAACUGGACUUCUUUCAGACAGUACAACAUUUACAAACCAGAUUACUGCUCUGUUGAAGUUCUAUGACAACCUGGCUGAGAAAUCUAAAGCAUUUGAGACGGAAGCUGUUGACACAUUAAACAAAAUGAACGACAAUGAUGCCAAGCUACAGAAGUUACACAGUGACAUCGACAGAACAUUGGUCCUCCUUCAGUCUGAAGAACCAGUUGGCAGCAGUGUUCCUGUGAUCAAAAAGCAACAGGAGCAAAUGAAGCAUUUUGUCAAGAGCAAUCUUGAGCCUCUGCAUGAAAAUCUACAGAAAGUAACUGAAGAGAGUCGCCAGUUGAUCCAGUCAGCUUCUCCUGGUUUGAAUACAAAUCAAUUGGAUAACAAGCUUGAAACAUUGAAUGAGAAAUGGGCACAGUUGAAUGAGAAGCUGCAAGAAAGAGAACGAUCACUGGACGAUGCCUUGUUACAUUCUGGGAAGUUCACUGACACUGUUGAAUCAGUGUUGGAAUGGCUCAAAGAAACUGAAGACAUGAUUAGUAAUCAAAAAGCACCAUCUACUGACUAUAAGAUGCUAAAAACCCAAAUUCAAGAUCAGAGAUUCCUCAAGAAACUUUUGGAUGAUCGAGAGGAAGGAAUAAAGUCAGUCGAAGACUCUGGCAAGAAGCUUAUGAAAUCUGUUGCUCCAAAAGAGCAGGAACAAAUCAAGAAACAAAUCGAAGAACUGCAAGAACGUUGGAAUAAUCUUGUAUUUGCCUCAACUGAACGUAUGAAUGCUUUGGAAAAAAUGGUUGAUGUUGCUAAAGAAUUCCAAGAAUGUUAUGAAUCUUUAACUGCUUGGCUUGAUUCAUGCAAUGCCAAAAUUUCUGUUGUCAAGCCAAAUCCUCAUGACGUGGACAGUAUGGAAAAAUAUGUUUCGAUGUUAAAGAAAUUAACAGAAGAGUUUCUUGAGCAAGAACCAAACUUAGAAACCCUGACUGAAAAAGGCAAACAUCUACAGGAAUUUUCGAAGGAUGAUGCUGAUCUGAUGCCUAACCGAGUUACUGCUACAAUUGAUAGAUACAAUAACUACAAGAAAACAGUAAAUGAUUUGCUGAAACAACUGGAAGAGGCUGUGCCAUUGGCUAAGCAGUUCAAUGAAGCCCACUUUAAAUUUUUAGAGUGGCUUGCAAAUGUUGAACCAGAAUUAAGAUCCAAAGAGCUCGCUGGUCAAGAGGUUGAAAGUCACAUUAAAAAACUGGAAGAGCAGCUAUCUGUGGCCCAGCCAUUGUUGAAUGUUAUCAGCACCCAGGGUAGUAAACUUGGUGACCUCCUACCUGAAGAAGCCUGUGCACGCCUCACAGAUAUUGCAAAUAAAGAUAGCCAUCGGUUUGAGGCCCUCAGUGAACAGAUAAAUUCCAAAGCAGAGAAGAUACGUCUUUCUCGACAGAAAUCUCUCGAGGUUCUGAAUGAGAUUGAUGAAUUGUUGGGUUGGUUUGGUGACACACAGAAUGAAAUAAUUGGAGCUGAUUCAGUUAGCUGUGAAUCUGGGAAAAUUCAAAGCCAACUGGAAGACCAAAAAUUUCUGGAUGCAGAAGUUGGUAGCCAGAAGGACAGAGCCCGAGAUCUUCUAGCUGCGGCUAAAAAACUUCUGCGAGAAAACAAACUGGAUGAAGAGCCAGUGAUCAAAGAAAAAAUGGAGACUCUCAAGACACAGAUUGACACAGUAAUGAAAAUUAAUGCAGACAGGUUAAGCCAGCUUGAGCAAGCUUUACCACUCUCCAAACAUUUCCAUGAAACCCACACCCACUUGCAGUCCUGGUUUGAAGAACUUGAACCCUCGCUGUCAGAACUUGAUGUCAUACCUAUUAAUUCUGAACAGUUGAAGCGACAGCAGGAGAAAGCUAAGUUGAUUCGUCAAGAUGUGAUUGAUCACAAACCAUUGAUUGAGAAAUUGAACAAAACUGGCUCUGCAUUGAGCAGCCUCUGUGGUGAUGAAGAUGCUGAAAGAAUGCAAGAAAUGUUGGAUGAAUCUAAUAAACAUGUUGAACACAUUCGUAACCUUGUUCGCGAACGCUCCAAUUCAAUUGAAGAAGCCCUUCAACAAUCGGCUGAAUUUACUGACAAGCUAGAAGACAUGUUGGAUUGUUUAGCAACCACUGCUCAACAGGUGCAGCAUGCUGAGCCCAUCUCUGCCCAUCCUGAUAAAUUGAAGGAGCAGAUAUCAGAAAAUAUGCACUUGAUUGAAGACAUGGAGUUGCGGUUGACUGCACUGAAUUCAGUGAAGUUUACUGCACAAGAAUUAAUCAGUCAAGCAGGUGAUGCUGAGGAUGAAGCUGUCAAUGAUGUCAAACAGAAACUAGACGAGUUAAUCAGACUGUACGACAGCAUUAAAUGCACCACUGAAGAGAGAAGUAAGGCUCUUGAAGAGACCCUGGAUGUAUCUGAGAAGUUUUGGGAAGAUCUAAACAGUCUUAUGAGUACAUUAAAAGAUUUACAAGACAGCUUAUCAAACCAAGAAUUGCCUGGUUUGGAACCAUCCAUUAUUAGAGAACAACAAGAAGAGCUGGAGACUUUGAAAGAAGAUAUCCAAGCUUCGCAGGUUGACUUGGAAGAUGUACACCAAACUGGAGAACAGUUGGUUAAUUUGUGUGGAGAACCGGAUAAACCAGAGGUGAAGAAAAAUAUCGAUGACCUAGACACAAGCCUUGCAACAAUCAAUAACGAAUACAUGAAACGGUCAAGAACUCUGGAGACAACUCUUCAUAAAGUUGUCCACUUCCAUGAUGAACUUUUGACGUUCUUAACUUGGUUGAACACCACAGAGGAGAAAUUCCAGUGUCUAAAACCAAUUGGUAAUGAGUUUGAAGACAUUAAAUCACAAACUAAAGAAUUAAAGGAAUUUAAAUCCAAUGUUGAUGCAAAACAAGAAGAGGUUGAGAAUCUGAACCAACAAGCUACUGAGUUAUCAAAAGACAGCACCAAUGACCAAUGUAUCUAUAUUAAAGAACCAAUUGCCAAUAUGAAUCUACGUUGGGAUAUGCUUAUUGGAAAUAUUGCUGAUCGAGAGCGCCAACUACAAGCAGCUCUCUUGAAUGUGGGACAGUUUGACCAUGCACUCAAUGAAAUCCUAACAUGGCUUUUUAAAACUGGCAAAGCAGUUGACAGCAUUCAACAAUUGUUUGGUGACCCAAGAACCAUUGAGAUGGAACUAUCCAAAUUAAAUGUUCUUCAAAAUGAUAUCCAAGCCCAUCUCCCCAGUGUAGAUUCUCUCAAUGAAGUUGGGAAAAAGAUGGUAGCUGCUGAAAAUGAUCUGGAAGUUUCUUCUAUCAAAGGUCGACUGGACAGUUUGAAUUCCAAUUGGGAAGAAUUGUUAGAUAAAAGCUUAAAUAAACGCCAUGAAAUUGAAGGAUCUUUGAAAGAGGCCCAGGUUUUUACUGGAGAACUGCAAGAUUUACAGGUGCGCCUUGGUGAAAUAGAGAACCUAUUGAUACAGUCUCAUCCAGUUGGUGGUUUACCUGACACGGCAAAGGAUCAACUCGACAAAUUUAUGAACAUUUAUGCAGAACUUAAACUACUUGAUGACAUUGUGACUAAAGUGAAAGUUGAUGGAGAACGAAUUCUAGAAAAGACUGAUGAUUCAUCAGCAUCAAAGAUUCGCUCUAACUUACAAGCUGUCCAGCAACAAAAUGAUCACAUCAAUGCAAGAGCCGUCGACCGCAAAAAUAAACUGGAGGAAGCGGUUGGUCAUGCCAGUACAUUCCAUGAUGAUUUACACAAAUUUAUUGGUUGGUUGACUGAUACUGAGAAAGAACUUAACAAUCUUCAACCCGUUAGCAGAAUUUUGGAGAAGAUUACCGCACAAAUUGAAGACCAUAAAAGCUUACAAAAGGAUAUUGCUCAAAAUAGAGAAGCUAUGAUACUUCUGGAUAAACGAGGAACCCAUUUGAAGUAUUUUAGUCAAAAACAGGAUGUCAUCCUUAUCAAGAAUCUCUUGUCAAGUGUACAGCAUCGGUGGGAGAAGAUUGUGUCUCGAAGUGCUGAACGCACGCGGCAUUUAGAACGAGGUUAUAAAGAAGCCAGACAGUUCCAUAAUUUAUGGAAUGAGUUACUUAACUGGCUUAACGAAGCAGAUAAAAUCCUUGAUUCAGACACAUUGAUCAGCAAUGAUCCAGCAAAGAUUAAACUUCAAAUUGCAAAGCACAAGGAGUUUCAGAGGAACCUGGGUGGCAAACAACCAGUGUAUGAUACAAUAAAUCGUACUGCUCGUAACUUGAAAGAUCGUUCACCAGUUAGCGAUCAUCCUGCCAUUCAACAAAAACUGAGUGAAUUGAAGGGCAGAUGGAAUACAGUUUGUGGGAAGUCUGUAGCCCGACAAAGAAAUCUAGAAGAGGCUCUACUGUUCUCUGGACAAUUCAAUGAUGCACUGCAAGCUCUGUUGGACUGGUUAUCAAAAUCUGAACCCGGUUUAUCUGAAGAUCAACCUGUCCAUGGUGAUAUUGAAACUGUUAACAACCUUACAGAAAUACACAAGGCUUUCCAACAAGAAUUGGGUGCCAGAUCUAAGACUGUUUCUUUUGUACGCAAUGCGGCCAAAGAACUGAUAGGAAAAUCUGAAGAAGACACAAGUCAACAACAAGCACAGUUAAUAGAACUAACAACCCUAUGGGACCGUAUAUGUACAUUGAGCGUUAACAAACAAGAACGUCUAGAACAAGCUCAGAGAAUGGCUGAAGACUUCCAUAAAAAAGCCCAGAGUUUAUUAGAUUGGUUAGCUGAAGCAGAAAGACAGCUUCGCUAUCAAGGAUCUUUCCCUGAUGAUGAACAGGCUUUGCUGAAACUGAGGGAUGACCACAAGAAAUUUGAAGAAAAUCUCCUGGGUAAAGAAGCCGAUUUAAGAGAAGCCUUGACCAUUGGUCAAGAAAUAAUUGCCCGUUGCCAUCCUGAUUCCCUGUCCUCACUAAAAAAUUGGCUGUCAGUAUUACGGGCUCGGUGGGAAGAGUUAACCUCCUGGUCCCGGCAACGAGGCUUACGUUUGGCAGAUGGUCUGAAGGUUAUGCGCCAAAACGCAGCUAGUCUUGAAAAUCUGCUUCAAUGGCUGACUGAUGCUGAAGGUACAUUGUUGAACCAAAACCAAAUGGCUAUACCCGAAAAUCUGGAAGUUAUCAAUCAACUUAUAAAAGAUCAUCAGGACUUACAAGGUGAAAUCUCAUCAAAACAACCAGAAAUUGAUAAAUUAACGAAGACUGAAAAGAGGCGGUUGUCAACAACAGCAGAAUCUUCUCAAAUACCCAUAUUUAGGAAAACUAGAAAGUCUUUUAGCAAUAUAAGUCGAGACACUGGCCGCCGUACACCAGAUCCUCAAUUCAAAAACCCACGAGUUGGGGCUCUGUUUACCAAAUGGCAGCAAGUGUGGCUUUUGGCUAUGGACCGACAAAGAAAACUACAAGAUGCCCAAGAAUAUAUGAAUGAAGUCGAGAGAAUGAAGAACUUUGACUUUGAUGAUUGGCGGAAACGCUACCUACGUUGGAUGCAUCAUAAUAAGUCAAGAAUUAUGGACUUCUUCAGACGUCAAGACAAAGACCAUGAUGGAAAAGUCACCCGUAAAGAAUUUAUUGAUGGAAUCAUCUCUUCAAAAUUCCCAACAACAAAACUAGAAAUGGAGGCAGUAGCCAAUAUAUUUGAUAAAGAUGAAGAUGGCUACAUAAACUACAAAGAAUUUGUUGCAGCUCUGAGACCCGAUAGGGAUACUGGUAAACCUGCAACAGACUCGGAGAGGAUUCAAGAUGAAGUAAGCAAACAAGUCGGCCGAUGUACCUGCGUUACUCAGUUCAGAAUCCAUAAAAUUGGUGAAGGAAAAUAUCGAUUUGGUGAUUCACAAAAAUUACGUCUUGUUCGGAUUCUACGUAGCACAGUAAUGGUACGUGUCGGCGGAGGCUGGGUCGCGUUAGAUGAAUUCCUCGUUAAAAAUGAUCCAUGCCGAGGUAUCUUUACAUUAUCCCCAGAAGAUACAAAAAGACCGUUGAGAAAACUCUCAUUUCCUAAUACAAAAGGAAGGACUAAUUUGGAGCUUCGGGAGCAGUUCAUUUUGGCUCAAGGCACUGGUCAGUCUAUGACUGGACUCUUCACCAAGACCCCUCCUGGUAGCCUAUACUCUGGCAGUUCUACAUACUCAGGUACUGCUUCUUUAAGUGGCCGCUCUGCAAGUUCUGCUAGUGGUCACAUUGGAAAGUGUCGAGCCCAUCACCCUAACAACUAUCGGCAACGUAUUCGGUCAAAUCCUGAUAUUGAGGUUAGACAAAUUAUGGCCCGGUCUGAUGCGGGCAGUCGAUACUCUAGAUAUUCCAAAGGAGCUGGGACCCCUCGUAGCAUGCGUAGUCCUGGUGGAGUGGCAAGUCCAGUGAGUACCACAAGUCGUUGUUCAAGUACAGGCAGUCGCCCACCAAGCCGAACUGGAAGUGAUAUAUCAGAAACAAGUGAACCUGAAGUUUACACGACGGUGCAGACUGAAACUCGGAACUUGGGUGGUCGUAAACAAACUACAAUGACUUACCAAACACAUGUAGUCCCAAGCAGAAGUGGAUCACAUGUGGCUCACUCAAGCUCAUCAUCAGUAACGUCGCUGAGACAUGGUUCGAAGAUUCCAAAACUGAAAAAGAAAUGAACUGCUUCCAAUCAUUCUGUUUCCACUCCAACUGCAAUCAGUCAGGAUUCUGUUGUGGUUUCUGCCAGUAACCUAUUUAUCUAAUAGCAAAGCUUUUUGCACAGCAAUAUCAAUCCUUGCAGAAGCUUUCUUGAUAACUAUCGGACUCCUCUACCCUAUCUAUUUAUCUCUCUCUCUCUCUCUCUCCCACUUACUCAUGCCAUGACCACUAUGGAGUCAACACAAGAUCACAGCCAUAACAUUUACAACCUUAUUUGGCUGCUUAAAACAUCACGUAAUCUAAUAAUCCUAGCUGUGGCUCUGAUUUUAGUUGUUGUAGCCAUCUUGAUUGCUAUAAAACAUUGGCUAUAGCGUCAGACAAGUUUCUCCACUAUUUCUGAGAGGUAACUGUCUCUCUGCUGGCACAAUUAAAACUACAAUGUGUUUCAAUAUUCUUGCCCAACAUCAAAGUUGGAAGAAUUUGGUUUUUUUUAAAAAUAUAUUGUGAAUUUUUUUUUAAAACUUCAAUCCUGACCUCUGCUUUGUCCAAUGAAUGACAAAUAUAAUAACUGGACCGUCCCUGUCUGAUUUCUUAACUUAGACAGAUAGACAAGGCUGCUGUCCUUGUUUGGCCCAAAAAACAAAACAAAAACGAAAAUAUUAUGAAAACAACAGAAAAAAACAAAACAACAAACAAAACAAAGCCGUGUGCCUACACGUACGAUGAAUCUACGUUUGUAGCAAUGUGUAACAAAUUUUAGUGCUUUUUCUAUUUCUCCACAUGAUGUAUAACUGUGAUAAAAUUAGAGGGAGUCGGCGAGCACCAAUCUAACCGUCACUGUAGGAGAAAUUGUUGCCAGUGAUUAUUACAACAGACAGAAAAUUGCUCGUCUGCAACCAUUUUAAUCUUUCAUUUUUUUUUUUUUAAAUCCUUUCUUUCUUCUAAAUCAAUCCACAAAAUUUUCAUCUCUGAAACAAACAAACAGGACAAUAAGAAUUUUUUCUUUUUUCAUUUUUGUUACAUAUAUAUAUAUAUAAUUUUUUUCUUUUAAUCAAAUUCUUAUUUAAUACAUUAUUUGAAAAAGUUAAAAAAUUGUUAUUUUCCAUGGGUAACAAAGGGGAAGAUGGGUUGGGGAGGGCAACAAUUUUAUUUUGAUUUGAAAUUUUUGUUUUCAUUCUUAUUUAUGUAUUUAUUUUAUUUAUUCAUUGUUUUUUUUUUUUUUUUGGCGCUACCAUUUCGUUUUUGUAUAUUUUUUUUCUUCCAUAAUCUGUUUUGAAGAAUGUACGUAUUGCGAUGAUGUUCCUUUCUGCUGUCUGAGCAAGUGUAGCAAUAUCAGCAUUGCUAACCACUACUGCUGGUGGUGUUGCUGUAUAACUGGCUGUUUCUUCAAUAACAUGAUAGCGAUGCCAUCCAAUGUAUUUUCAAACUCCUUUUUUUUUUUUUUUACUUAUAUAUAUAUUUUGUUGUUUUUGUUUGUGGUUUGUUUUUGUAUUCUUAACGGCUGUUCUUUGUGAAAUUGGUCACCCAUUGCAUUCCACCUCUCGAAUUGCUUUAACAUCUUUCUCCACAAAGCAGCAACACUUGAAAAAAACAAGAAGAGAAAAAAAACACACACGGACACACAUUCAUAGGCAGACAUACACACACACACACACACACA